AGCCACCGUAGAAGGACCCGGAAGAGAAGCAAGAUAAACUUUCCUCGGACGAUUACAGAACUGAAGUAAACUUGCUCUCUUUUAGUUCGUUUUUUUGUAACUUGUUGGUUAUCCUCAGUGAUCCAGAGAUGACGUUGCAGUGGACUGCUGUGGCCCUCUUUCUUUAUGUGGAAAUGGGCGUCCUUGUCAUCCUCUGUUUACCCUUCAUCUCAGCCAGCAGGUGGCAGACUGUUUUUCAGCUGAGGAUCUGGAGCUGUGUGGCGAGGUUCUGGAACAAAGUGUUUCUCACCAUGAUCAUAAUACUUAUCGUUCUCUUCCUUGAUGCUGUUCGUGAAGUGAGGAAGUAUUCAGUUAAUGAAUUUGGCACUGAUGCCAAGCUUCAGCCAAACAUGUUUGACCAUCUGCACAUGAAGCUUUUUAGAGCCCAGAGGAACCUCUACAUCUCUGGCUUUGCUGUCUUCCUGUGGCUGGUUAUGAAGCGAGUGAUCACCCUGAUUAACCAGCUGGCAGCAGCGUCUGGGACUACAGCUGCUCUACAGGCACAGGCUGAGAAUGCCAACCAGACUGCUAAGAAAUACAUGGAGGACAAUGAGCUGCUGAAACAGUCUCUAAUGGAAGGAAAGGGUGAUAAGGCAACUGCAGAGGGCAUGGAGCUGUUGAGACAGGAGGUGGAGAAACUGAAAGAAGAACUGAAGAUCGCAGGAGAUGCCCUAGUGAAAUCCCAGUCAGAAGCAGAUGUAAUGAAGCAGCAGUCAGAGGGCCUUGCCAGGGAGUAUGACAGACUGUUGACAGAACACCAGGAGCUCCAGAAUCUUCAAGAUGGUGGACGUAGAAAAGAUGACUAGUAAUUGUAAAAUGCUUAAAGGACACAAUGUUUACACAGCAGCUUAGCCUAGUCACGAGAGAGUCACUGCAACAAUGCAUGCUUUACCUUCAUUCAUGGCUCCUCUGAAGUACAGACUAAUGGCAGAUGUUAGUGUUUUAAAGCAUGGAGAUGAAUUUUUAUUAGGGCACCAGAUCAGUUUAAAUGGAUCUGAUGAUAUUUGAUGGUUUCCUGUUUUUUCCUUGUGCAGUGUGACUAAGAGGGUUGCUUUCUCAAGUGCACACUAUCUGGCAGAUUGUGAUGAUAAUUGAUUGCACAAGAUAAUUGGAAAGAAUUCAGUCACAUAUCAACCCAGGUCUGAUUACAGAGCAUUUAAUAUGCUAAGACAAAUAUGCAACAAGGAUGUGUGUUAUGUGGUUUGCGUCAUUUGUUUCUGCCAGGUACACAGUGUAGUGGUAGAUUUGUUGAAAGCUGUAGCACGCCAACACUGUGGUAAACAGCUGUGAAUGUAUUUUGAUACUUCAAAUUAGCUUUUUUUUUAAUUUUUGUAUGUAGCAGGUUACCUGCUUAACUACAGUAAGGUCAGUGCAAGGCUGCCUAUACAAGUGUAGUUUGCAUGUGCAGCUGCAAAUAGGCAAAUCACUUUCAUGUGUUUUUGCUGCGUUUCAGCCGAAGGUGUGUACUCUUUCUAAGUUGUGGUGAUAAUGGUUGGCAGUAUAAAUGCCCAGCUGUUCAGUUUUUUUUUUUUUUUUUUUUUGUGCUUUUGUUGUUAAUUUGAAAAUGUUGGUGAAAAUCGGGCAUAGCAUAUUUGAGUAUAAGUUGAAUCAAAGAUGGAAGUUAAACUCUUCUUACGUAUGUGUCUGAGUAACAGAGGGUCAAGAGUCUUUUAAAACUGCCACACUGCAUGUUUCAAGUGUUUACUUUGGGUUAGAGGACAGGUUGCACUGGGAGUUAUGCUGAACGAUAAAGGGCCUGUAUGGAUUUUGUUAUCCAGACAGAGCCACGACACUGUGAAAGAGGAGCCGUGAUUGUAAUCACCAGAUAUUUGUGUUUCCCAGUUCUUCAAGUUAAAGCAAUUAUUGCCUUUGUGUAUGACAUUAUGUUUCAAGUCAGCUACAGUGCCUACUCAAGUUGCACCGUGUUUCUGUUUUAGACAAAUCCGACUGUAGUGCCUUUAAAGUGGAUGUAAUACAUUUUGCUAAAUAAAUAUGUUUCUUCAUCCUGUGUUUUUUUUUUUUUAAAGAAAAAUUGUUCAGCUUGUAUUUAACUAAGCAUUU